CACGUGGCACUUGUUUCGAAAGAGAGAGUGCUGAUGGACUCGUCGAGCGCUUUUGGGGUAUGCCGCACGCGUGACAUUUCGGAGGGCCAAAGAGGAGGGAAUGCAGGUUGCCAUCCACUGGCAGGACGCUCACUCCUCCUCUGCCAACGCAGUGAGUGAAGUAUUUCCUGACGCUGAAAUAAUGAUCUGCGGUGGACAUGCCGGAAGUGCACGCAAGGAAAUCCUGGAAUUGCGUCAGAAAAUGAAAACAGCUUCAAAGCAAAUGUUUGGUAAGUACAGGGCUAGUUUUCCAGCUUUUGUGAGCUGAGCUGUAAAUGCAAGGGGGGCAACCACAGUGCUGCAUGCGGUUGUUUGAAUCCACCUUUGAUUUCCAAAGCGCAUACAAAUUUCACCUCGAUUUUGAUGGCAAGGCUCAAUCACAGGAAGAAUUUGUGAAACGCCUG